AUGACGGACCCUAUCGCUGUGGACCCUGAUCUGUACGCGCCGGGUUGGACUGCUUCCCCCGACGAUUGGCAGUCUGAAACUACAUCGAUCGGAUCAUCGUUAUAUCGUGGUCUGUUGGAUAAUGGGAGGCGCUAUCAAUCACUUUCAAACAAAGAAUACUGCAUUCCAUCUGAUGAACUGCAAUUCGAAACAUAUGAGGCUGGGUACGCCGUCAAUCAUCCAGGACCCAUCCCAGACAGCGCUAAUUCCUGCAGACAUCUCGUGGAUCUGAUCCUAGAAUCAGAUAGAGAAAACCCAUUGUUUCGCUCCCCUGUCGGUGCCGACCGGGAACGAGCCCUUCAGGUGCUCGAUAUCGGCACCGGCCAAGGCACCUGGGCCAUCGACGUGGCCGAUAUGUUCCCCAAUUCCACUGUACGGGGAGUGGACCUGUUCCCACCCCCGGUCACUUGGAUGCCCCCCAAUUGUGUCAUUGAAGUUGACAACGUCCUCGAAGAGUGGACCUGGCGUGAGCAGUUCGACCUGAUCCAUAUGCGUAACAUGCUAGGAUCAUUUGACCCUAGUGAAUGGGAUCGCCUUUACCAACAAUGCUUUGACAAAAUGGCACCCGGUGGCUGGAUUGAACAGCUUGAAGUCGGUCCCUUCGUCAAAAGUGAUGACGGAUCCAUUCCCCCUGACUCUGCCAUGUCCCAAUGGGGUCCAAUGAUGCAGGCCUGUGGUGAACAGGCGGGCCGCUCGUGCGACAUCAUCCUAACCAUGUCAGAUAGCAUCAGGAAAGCUGGAUUCGUGGAGGUCCGAGAGAAAACCUAUAAAUGGCCCCUGGGGCCGUGGCCUAAGAAUCAAAAGCUCAAAGAAGCCGGCACGGUCAAUGUGCAACACUGGAUGUCCGGGAUGGAAGGAUGGUGCAUGUGGUUGCUGACCAAGUUUGGUGAGCCCGAGCCUUGGACUAAGGAGCAAGUGCAUGUCUAUUGCGCAAAGCUCAGGAGCGAGUUGAAGAACCCUUACUAUCAUGCCUAUCAUACAUCACGCAGGGUAUGGGCUCGCAAGCCGAUGCCUGGUGAAACUCCCCCAAGGUCAUUCAAGUCCAGCUCCCAGUGA